CCCCGCUGAUUUGAGGCUCCUUCGCUUCCAUUUCUUGCGGCUAUGUUUUGUUAAUGGUGAUCGUUUUAUUUUCAUCAUACCUCUGCCUGCAUCCACACUGCUAAAUUGUUUCUCGCAUAUAGUGGGGUUUUGCAAAAUUUUCCCCUCUGGAAAACAAUUAAUUUUCUCAAUGCAUGCGUGCACAAUACAUGUGCUUUGGGGAUGUUUGUUGAGAUUUUAUUUGCGGGUGGAUGAAAGUGAAAAUGCUUGAUGGAAUUUUUCAUUGGUGAAUUUCCAUCUUUAAGAAGCUUUCAAGAAGGGAUCUCUACAAUGGGCUUUUACAGUGUACCUCUUGGCAUUCUUGGAUCGCACAGCUCUCACCUUCUGUCUCUGUCUCCUCCGCACCUUCGAUCGGUUUGUGAUCUCUUGUAACGAUCUCUCUGGGGUUCGUUGGGUUGGUGUUGGCUUUCUCUCUGUCGCACUUGUGAAGCUGGGUGCGGUGGUGUGUAAUGUUGCUGUGUUGCAUCCGAAAGAGAAGACCAUGGACUCGGGUAGCCGCCAUAUUGGAUCGUGGAGUGAGGUGGCACUUCACCUACGUUGCAGGUAGACUCAGGUAUGCGGCGGUGUACGAUCACCGGUGAUUUGUGUCGAUUCCACGAUCAUCGCGAUGGAAGUGUGUGUUUCAGCCACGAUCGUACGUCCCAAAUGUGGUGAAAUUGUAGUAAGAGAGACGUAUGUAUUGGACAAUGGUCGCAGAUUGAGCCCCACCAUUAUGCGCAGUUGCCAAGAAAUAUUGGAGAGGUAGUGUAGUUUCAAACGGACACCUGCUGAAAUCUUAUAAGAAUUACACCCAAAAUUUACCCUCAAACCCACUAAUUGUGAUGUGUCGGUGUACAUCAAAAUGUGACAUAUUUACGUGAUAUUGUAGUUCAUUGAAAGUGAUUGUGGAUUUCGCGCAAAUUGUAUGAUAAAUCCACCAGUCAACGACUUUGGAGCGAGUUUUGGACCAAAGUGGAAAGAAGUGGCAAUUUUUGCAGACGGGUCCAAGUAAAUGCAGCGCACCAGUGUUGCAUUUUCACUGAUGAAUGGAAUGAUGUGAUGAAUGCCAUGUGAAUCCUCAGUUAAAAGUCCUUUUAGGUGAUAAGAGAGAAGAGACCCAAGUGCCAUAAAUGAGAUUUAAAGUAAAAGUCAAAGCCUGUGUGGAAAAGCUUAUAACAAACGUAAGGCGAGAAGAAGGAGAGAAAUGUGAAUUGGCGCUGAACAGGUAAAAUCACUUUAGGAGAGAAACCAAGAAGUGUGUUGUGUUGGAUGGUGAUCGUGGAAGAGGGACUAUCGUGUGGAGAUUUAAUGGAACUUUUCAGUUCUUCUAUCAUGGUAAAUGCCUACCCCUUGUGAAUUUACGACGACAAUUGAAACCAUCCUCUCUAUGUGAGCAUUUUUCCAUCCAACACCUCACCAGGUCGCAUAAUCAUAUAAUUUAACACUGUGCUCGCGGGACUUGGUGAAGAUAAGAAGUUGGUUAGUGGAUGUGAUGUGUGGAUGAAAUUCAUACUGAACCCAUUGAUUUUCUUUUUUUUUCUCUAUUGCUGCGUGAGAUUAUACAUACCUACAACAUACCUACCUAAAUAAGAAAUAAGGAGGACAAGAAAAAAUCACGCGCGGGGUAGAAGAAACGCGUGAAGCUCAAAGUGAAGCGAAAAAGAUCGCGAAUUGCCCAUAAAAUAUUCAAAUUGAAGAGAUUUAAAUAAUAAAACAAAUUCUUAUAUAUUUUAAAUAAUAGUAAUCGCGCAUAAGAUAAUAAAAGAGCAACAUAGUGAAAUAAGGUAAUUUAAAUUCUCGUCGCGGACUUAAUGUGUAACGUGAAAUAGAGGAAAAAGAUUGCAAUAUUCGAAGGAAUAUAAUAUACAUACUGUAAGAACGAGAGGUGAGAUCUCCCGAAGACAGCUAAAAGGCGCGCAUAUAUAGGCAUAUUAUGUAUGUAUGGCAAAAAAAAAAGAGCUUGAGUGUGUGCCGCCAAUGUUAAUGGGAGAGAACAUAGAAACUUAUAUCAUUUAAUUGGGAUUAAAGUGCAUAAAUUAUGUGCCGUCUUUCUCACACAGAAAACCAUUCUCGCUCGCACGCACAGCAAUAUUGCUCAAAGCAGUGAAUGAACAUUAAAUUUAAAUUUAUUUAUAAUCAACCAACUUCUCGUUUUUCAUUCAACUCAUAAUAAUUAUUGCAAUAUUUCUCUGUGUUUAUGAACUUUUAUAUUACCUACUUACACAAACUCCGGCUACCAGGACGCAUUUUUCUGGAGGUGCUUCGUGAAAAGCACAAAAAAAGAUAACAAGGACAAGUAAAUGAUCAUUAAGUGCAAUAAGAGAUAUACCCCUUGAGGGAAAUAAAGAGACAGGAAGGACAAUGAAAGUGAUUAGGAAGUGUUGAAUAUAAUAUAUAAUUGAGUUCUGAGAAAACAAUUUUAUAAGGAAGAAAACGAUGAUCUCACCGAAAGCUGCAAAGUCAGAUUCAUCCCCAGAAGGGGUAACUACAUCCAUGCCAUUGGAAUUAACCACAGACACCAAUACAUCAUCAAAUCCACCUGCAAGUCCUGCAGGAGAUUUGGCAACAAUGACGAAUGUUAAUGUACUUGAUUUACACAAAAGUUACGUAGAGAGUCCAAAAAUACAGGAGAAUUCUCUAAAGGAUGAUCAUGUGAGCAUCUAUGGGAAAAUCCAGGGAGACAAUCUCAUUGGAAAUCCGAGAGUUUUCCACCAGGAACAGGAUGUUCCAUUGCAUGAACAUCAAACAGCCAUCCUACAGCGUGUAAUCUCCCCUGGGGAUCAUCUAAUCGACGGUCGACUGAUGCAGGUAGGCGAUGGGAAGGAUGGCACAGAGUCCAUCUUAAUUGUAGGCCCCAAUGGGGAGAGUCAGCAAAUAAUUGGGCGGCAGAUAAUAAAUGGGGAGCACCACAUUCUAACGCGUAACGAAAAUGGGGAUCAUAUUAUAACGCGCAUCGUAAAUACUCACACAACUCAUGCCCCAUCCCCAACACAUCCAUCGCAUCCCGAGAGCGACAGUGGCCCAGGUAUUGUGUACACGGAUCAGCUGCCGGAAACGGUGCUCCAGUAUGCAGACAGUCGCGAUGGGAUAAUCACAAAAGUACCGACUGAGAUCCCCGAGACGAUCUAUGAGAACAAUUCUGCGGACCAUGUGCGACAGGGGCAGAUUAUCUACACGCACGGUGAGCCAAAGAGCCACCUGAUUGCCACUGGGAAGGCAAGUGAGGACGGUGAGGGUGGUGAGGGCAAUCCACCGGAUGUGGCAACAUCGUCAGCCAAUGGUGCACCAAAUGGGACCCUUGUGGGGGAUAAGAUGUACGAGAAGCCCCAGAUUGAUCUCAUUUACGACGAUGGCAAUAAGACAGUGAUCUAUACGACGGCAUCGGACCAGAAGAGCUUGGAGCUGUAUGCAGCAGCCACGGGUAGUGAAUUAGGUCUCAUUGGGGAGACGCAUCAAGUGGUGGUGCAGGGAGGUAUUCAGUACGCCCAGCAGCCCGGGGCGCCCACAUUGUUUGUAGUGCAGGAAUUGGAUGAAGGAGGCAAUAUCGUCAGUUCCCACCAACUAAGACGACGAGCACCUUCCAAUCCACAAUCGCCUAUGUCCGAUCCCAACGGCACUGAAGUUAUUAAUCAGGUGGCCACCACACAAUCAGGAUUUUUACCACCGAGAUACUUCGAACACCCCCUAACUGCCGCCACAUCUGCUAUGCUCAAUAUCGCGGGAAGUGGAAAUAGUGCGCCAGAUGAGGAUGGCGCUUCAAGUGGUUCAAGCAGUGGCAAUGCCAUUGCAGCAACAGUCAAUCUCAAUGCACUGGGGACACCGCAUCAGGUGCAUCAAGUGCACAAUUUCAACGGUAGCACCUCCUUCGUUUAUGAAUACUAUAAAAUGUCAGCCGACAAGGAUGGUUUGCAGUGGAGUAACCCCACUACUAAAAUUAACGGUCAAACCACGCCUCUGGAUGUGUCUGGCCUAUCACAAAAUGAAAUACAAGGCUUGUUGCUCGGUUCACACCCAUCAUCACAGAAUAUAACCGUCAAGAGGGAACCCGAAGACUUGCGAAAAGAUCCCAAGUGCUCACGCAGUAGUCAGAAGGUUCUUGUAGUGCAAUCACCAUCUCCAUCGAUCCAAAUCAAAGAACAACCUCCCAGCCCUGGAAGUCCCUCUGCGGAAAAUAUGUAUGCGGCCGCUGGCGGCACGCAGAUUUACCUGCAGGGUCCAUCAUCACAUCAGGGUAAUUCAGGAACAUCGGGACCAACGGUGAAUACAAAUACUCCAAGUCCAGGUCCCUACGUCUCGGACCAAUAUGGGAUGUACACAACGAGAUUAGCCGCUGGAGGGUCAACAUUUAUCGCAGAGCCAUACUACCGCGAAUAUUUUGCCGGAGAUGGACAGAGUUAUGUGGCAACUCGUGCCAUUUACGAUUCUGACGGGCCCCCACCACCACCACCGUCACAGGUGCCGUCAUCGGUGUCGGUGACGGUGGCGGCGCCAGGAGGCGCCGCAAGCUACGAAGGACGCUUCACGACGUCCGCCCACACCAAGACGAGCACACCCAUCUAUGCAAAAACCGUCACGGCGGCCGGACUCACGGUGGACCUGCCGAGUCCCGAUUCGGGAAUUGGGGCAGACGCAAUAACACCGCGGGACCAGAAUAACAUACAACAGUCCUUCGACUACACCGAACUCUGUCAACCUGCAUCGCUACUGGAUGGCGCCAAUUCGGGACCUAUCCCGGUUUCCGUGACGAGUAUCCAGCGGACGGUGCACGGGGGCCAGGGAAGUCCUACGGGGGGAGUGGGUCAUACGCCGUCCACGAGAUCGAGGCCAUGGCACGAUUUUGGGCGGCAAAAUGACGCUGACAAAGUUCAAAUACCAAAAAUAUUCUCAAAUGUUGGAUUCCGGUAUCACUUAGAAAGUCCAAUAAGUUCAUCGCAACGCAGGGAGGAUGAUCGAAUUACGUACAUAAACAAAGGACAAUUCUAUGGGAUCACCUUGGAGUACAUUCAUGAUCCGGAGAAACCCCUUAAGAAUCAGACUGUUAAGAGUGUGAUAAUGCUGAUGUUCCGUGAGGAGAAGAGUCCCGAUGAUGAAAUUAAAGCCUGGCAAUUUUGGCAUAGUCGGCAACAUUCGGUGAAGCAGAGAAUUCUCGAUGCAGACACGAAAAAUUCUGUCGGGCUCGUUGGGUGCAUCGAGGAGGUGGCUCACAAUGCAAUUGCUGUCUACUGGAACCCCCUGGAUAGUUCUGCAAAGAUAAAUAUAGCCGUUCAGUGCCUAAGUACGGACUUUAGUAGUCAGAAAGGUGUUAAGGGUUUACCUCUUCAUGUACAAAUUGACACAUUCGAAGAUCCACGAGAUACGCAAAUCUUCCAUAGGGGUUAUUGCCAAAUAAAAGUAUUUUGUGAUAAGGGUGCUGAGCGCAAAACGCGCGAUGAAGAACGUCGUGCGGCAAAGAGGAAGAUGGCAACAACAGGGAGAAAGAAGUUGGAUGAAUUGUACCAUCCAGUGACCGAUCGGUCAGAAUUCUAUACAAUGCAAGAUUUAAAUAAGCCACCUGUUCUCUUUACACCCGCCGAGGACAUUGAUAGGCUAUCUGGAAUGGAAUUGCAGAGCUUCUAUGGACACGACGAUCCACUGACGGGAUCUCCAGAUAUAAAGGGAACUUCUCCUUUUCUGCUACAUACCGCCAAUAAGCCCGUCACACCUACGCUCAAGUUUCACAACCAUUUUCCACCUGAUGUGCCAACAGAAAAGAAAGAUCAUGUAAUGGACGGAGGAAUGGUGCAGAACUCAAUGGGGGAAUUUGGUCAGGCGGUGAAACGACCGAGAAUGACUCCACCACUAUGCGAUCGUGUAAUGCUCUACGUGCGGCAGGAGAAUGAAGAUGUCUACACGCCACUUCAUGUGAUUCCACCCACAACUGUAGGGCUCCUCAAUGCGAUCGAAAAUAAAUACAAAAUCUCAUCGUCGAGUAUAAAUAACUUGUACAGAAAAAAUAAGAAAGGGAUUACGGCGAAAAUUGAUGAUGACAUGCUCUCGUACUACUGCAACGAGGAUAUUUUCCUUCUUGAGGUUCGCCAACUUGAGGAGGAUGUCUUCGAUAUAACAUUCACAGAAUUGCCAAUGGAUUGAGAUGAGGGAGGUGUAAAUCACAUUUCUAGCCCUUCUUUCAUUGCCACACACCCACAACGAGUGGUGGCAAAGAAGUUGAGGAAUUUCGACUACAGAGUACAAUUUCAAGAGAUAAUUUAAUUGCCAUCUUGCCGUGAUUUACAUUUUUUUUAAAUUUACAAUUUAUGAUAUUUUUUUACAUAGAAAUUAAGUAAUUUUGUAUAUUUAGAUAUUUCAUUAUGUACUAAUAUUGAAAGAGUAUUUUGAUAUAAAAAAUGUUAAGUUUCAAUGGGCGAAAGUUGAAAGUGAAAAAAAAAGAAUAAUUUAUGAUGGAGAAUAUGUUGAAAGAACAUAGUAAUUCUUUGUAAAAAAAAAUAUCUUAUUUUUGCUGAAUCUUAAAGCAAUUAUAAUUAAGAGAAUUUAUCUAAUUUUUAGAGAUUUUCUCAAGAAAAAUUGUAAAUAGUUUCAUGAAAUACAUUUAUUAAUUAAAAGGAAAGUAUAAAGUAAAAAAAAACGUAUUCUUGCUCUCAAAGGGAAAAAACUAUUUAUUGUGUAAACUUUAAAGAAAAAUAUUAAGUGAAUUUUUACGAAAAUUUUUUUUUAAUAAAUAAGAAAUUAUUGAAUUGAAAAAUAAGUUUCUGAAACUUUGAAAAAUUCAACAUUUGCCCUCCUUUCAAUCAUCAUUGAAUUUGAUAUUGAAAAAAACACUAGGUUUUUUUUGUAAGAUAUUUUUGUUAAAUGGAAGUUAGAAGUAAUCAACAAGUAUUCUAGCCAACAUUAUUAUAGUAAACAGCCACAUUAUUAUUAAAGAAAAAAAAACAAACUUCUUGUGAACACAAUUUUUAUUAAGUCGAAGAAAAUAGAAAAGAGAACUGCCAUAAUUUUGAGGUGAAAGAAUAAAUCCGUGGAUUUUUUUUUUCUCAAUUUUACACGUUGUAAUAAAAUAACAGUGGACAAUGAGGAUUAAAAAAAAUACAAAAAAUAAAUUAUUUUAUAUGAAAAAAAAAUAUUUAAGUACCUGAUGCGUAAAUCAAGAGAAAAUAAUGGUGAAAGAAGAUCAAAUGAAGCGAGCGAGAGUUUUUUUCAAACAAGAGCGAAUGAUUUUUUUUAUUACGAAGAGAAAAUAUUAAGAAAAUAAAGAUGAAAGAGUCAGCAGAAGCAAAAUGUUGCUAAUAUCUUACUUUUUUACAUCUUUUGAGUGCCAAUCUACAAUUUAAGGAUUUACAUUUUUUUAUAAUAUAUAUAAUUAAUUAAUUUUAAAUGUUAUGCCAAUUUAAAAAGAAACAUUUAUCACAUUUUUUUAUAUUUCUAAUGUAAAUUCUCGAUCUCGAAACAAAGUUUUUUUUUAUUAAGUUCAUAUUCCAUUUUUUUCUAAUUAAUUCUUGAAAAAAAAAAUACAAAAGAAUUUAUACAAAAAAAUUGGGAGGUAAAGAAAAAGAAUUCUUGGCAUUAAAAAGAAUUGAAAAAAAUGUUUAAAACUGAAAAUAGUGACAAAAAAAUUGUUAGAUUAAAAAAAAUGUUGAAACAUUUUAUCGACGAAUUCCAUAAAAUUAUAGUAAUUCUUUUUCCUAAUUAAUAACACAGAAAACACAUUCAUCGAUGAUAAAGAUUCUUCUUUAGGAUAGAAAGGGAAUUAUUCAUAGCAGGAUACAUCGACGGUUUAAUUAAUAUUUAUGUGGAAGAUUUAAUUGUGUAAAGAACUCAUAGUAUUUUAGAAAAACCAUAGAAGAGAAUUUUUAAAGAUUAACAGUCUAAUUUUGUCAAAAUUAUAUUUUUUGUGAGAUUAUUAAAAAAAAUGUAAGAAAAUUAUUUUAAAAAUUUUCAUUAAAAAAAUUUGUUACAUAAAAGUUAAAAAAAAAAAAGAAAAAGAUUUUGAAAGAAUAAAUAUAAAAACAUGUCAGAAAAUUAAAAUAAUAAUUCCAUUUUCAUAAACACCCUAUACUAUGAGCUCUCUGCACAAUGAUAAAAUUACAAAAUUGUCGAUAAACGAAUUAACAAAAAAAAAACAUUAUUUUGUUAUUAAUUUAGCUGUGAAUUCUGCAAUAUUAUUUUUAAAUGAAAAAAAAGGAAAGAAAAAGCUAUCCAUAAUGAUUCUAAUUUCCAUAUAAUCAUUUAUAGGAUUAUAUUGAAGUAUAUAAUUUUGUGUAUUCUCUCAUAAAUAUUAAGAUUUACUUGCAUUUAAUUUUUUUAUUUACUUUUAAAUGAUAUUUGGUGGAGGAUUUAUAGUAAACGCAAAGAGGAAAAAUAUUAAUCACAAUGAAAAACACUCAAGAGCCUUUUCUCAAAUUUUCAAAACUAAAAUUUAAUUUAAAAAAAAAUCUUUAAAUUUUUCUGAACUCUGCUAAACAUUUCUUAUUCUGCUUCUAUUUCGGAAUUAAAGACAAAUUAACUAAAAUAAAUAAAUAAAUAAAACAGGAUUUUUUGAUAUAAAAAUAUUGUUAAAAAAAAUAAAUGAAAUUAUAUUGUCAAAUUAUUCUUGAUAAUGAAGAAGUAGUUUUAUGGAAUUUUUAAAUUAGUUUUUAGACCAAUCCAUUUACACAUUGAAAAGAGAUAAAUAAAAUAGAGAGUGUAAUUGAUUGAAAA